CGAAUAUUUUAUAUUUAUUUAUCAAGAUUCGAUUGUAUGUAUAAAGUAUAAACGACUUCAUUUUUCUUUCUAAAGAACGAGGAAAAGGGCAAGUGAUCCUCCUGCAUCUCUCUCUCUCAAUCUCUCUCGAUCUCUCAUUUAAGGAAAAAUGGGGUUGUCUUUCACCAAGCUGUUCAGUCGGUUGUUUGCAAAAAAGGAGAUGCGUAUACUUAUGGUCGGUCUCGAUGCUGCGGGUAAGACCACCAUAUUGUACAAGCUCAAAUUGGGAGAGAUUGUUACUACCAUUCCAACAAUUGGGUUCAAUGUGGAGACUGUGGAAUACAAGAACAUCAGCUUCACUGUCUGGGACGUUGGUGGUCAGGACAAGAUUCGGCCCCUGUGGCGUCACUAUUUCCAAAAUACCCAAGGCCUCAUCUUUGUCGUUGAUAGCAAUGACAGGGAUCGUGUGGUUGAAGCGAGGGAUGAGUUGCACAGGAUGCUGAACGAGGAUGAGCUGAGAGAUGCAGUGCUGCUUGUUUUUGCUAACAAACAAGAUCUACCCAAUGCCAUGAAUGCCGCUGAGAUAACUGAUAAGCUUGGUCUUCACUCUCUCAGGCAGCGCCACUGGUACAUCCAGAGCACAUGUGCAACAUCUGGGGAAGGGCUGUACGAGGGCCUGGACUGGCUUUCCAACAAUAUUGCUAACAAGGGUUGAUGACAUGAUUUACCAUGGCCUUUUGAGCUGGAUCCAGAACGGAGAUGCCCGUUUUUCUUUAGGACUAUGUUAUGUUCAUCUUAUUUUGUGUGAUUGGCCUGUUUGGUGUUCAGUUUAUUGUCUAUAGCACUUAUACUAGUUUUAUCCUUUGGUGUGGUUAGGAGCUCUCUGCCUUUCAGUCACUGAGGUUCUUUGAACUAGUUGUAUCAAGGUUAUUAUUUAGUAAUGGAGUAAAAACUACCUGGCUUUUCGUAUUUAA